UCAAAAGGCUGUGACAGAAGUUCAGGUUCUUCUAUUGUCACGCAGUCGUUAUUUAAACGUUAUUAAUCACGUGAACAGUCAAAAACACAGAUACGUUAGUUCACAUUGUUUGUUCUGGAUGGCUUUCUCUUGGUUUCACGUUGCUGUGCCGCUUUGUUUUGUGGUUUUAUCGGCUGCUGUCGCCGUCAUUGGACACAAUCAGGCGAUGCCGCCUCUCCUGCCCGCCGCCUUCGGUAUCUGCUCGCUGGUCGGGAUGGCGGUCGUAUGGAGGGACAUGAGCUCGAAAAUGAAAGGUGGAAACCGGACGCUGAGCAGCCUGCUCAGCCAGUAUCUGGCGGUGAAGGCAGUGGGCUGGCUGGGCAGGCGGCAGAGAGGGAAACUUGAAGCCGACACUCUGAAUGUGAAGCGAGUCCAGGAGGAGACCCUGCUGAAGCGCCUGAGCAAAAACGCCAACACGAGUUAUGGAAGACAGUACGAGUUCAGCUUAGUUAAAGACAGCGAUGGCUUCCGGGCACGUCACCCCAUCACCACGUACGAGCACUACCGUGAGCUCAUCGGACGCAUUGCGGCCGGAGAGGAGAAGGUGAUCAUCGCUGAGAAGCCGCUAAUCCUGGCCAUGACCUCCGGGACGUCAGGACAAAGCGCCAUGCUGCUCAGCACCAAGGACACCAACACUGAGUUCUUCCUGCAGGGAGUGACAGUGUGUUUGGACGCCAUGAGAAGAGCCUUUCCUGCCACAGACAGCCUCCAGCGAACCACCAAGUUCUUCUACUCACCUACUUUUCGCCAGUCUGAGGCCGGUAUUCCCAUCGGACCAAACUCCUCCACACCAGCCUCCUCCAGCCACAUGCUCAACCUCUACACCACCCCAGCACCCGCCUUUGAGGUUCCCAGUGAGAAGGACACCCUUUACCUCCAUCUCCUAUUUGCUCUCAAAGAUCCCAGUGUGGGAACGCUGGAGUCCAACUUUGCCUCCACAGUCUUCUAUGCUUUCAGUGCUUUGCAGGAUCGCUGGCAGGAGCUUGUGGAGGACAUUGAACGAGGCAAGGUCAGCAGCGCUCUGGCUCUGGAGCCCAAAGUGAGGUCCAGGCUCGAGGCUCUGAUGAAGCCGGACCCGGAGCGGGCGGCUCAGCUCCGGGCCCGCUUCCAGGAUGGCUUCCGUGGGAUCGCCAAGCGGCUGUGGCCUCACCUCCACCUGGUCCUGGCGGUGGACUCGGGCUCCAAUCAGAUCUAUGGGGAAAUGUUGAGGGAGAACUACUGCCAGGGAGUGCCUUUCUAUUCGCCAUUCUACGCUGCUACUGAAGGUCUAAUAGGGGUGAACCUGUGGCCUCAGGAGCCAAACAGACGCUACCUGCUGUGUCCUCGUUCAAUGUUCUGCGAGUUCCUCCCAGAGAGCAGCCUGGAGGAGGACACACCUCCCACUCUGCUGAUGGAGGAGGUGAAGGAGGGACAGAACUACGAGCUUGUUAUCACCAACGCUUCAGGACUCUUCAGAUAUCGUAUUGGAGACAUUGUGAAAGUAGUCGGAUUCCACAACCAGUGUCCCAUUGUUGAGUUUCAAUACAGACGGGGUCAGAUGUUGAGCGUUCGGGGGGAGAAAGUGUCUGAGGCGUUGUUCCUCGAUGCUUUGAGGAAAGCUGUUGCUCAGUGGCCAGGAGCUCAGCUGGUCGACUACUGCUGUGCUGAGAGCGGCAUCAUGGGUGAUUCAAUAGGUGGCUCAGACCCUCAUUAUCAGGUCUUCAUAGAGCUGAAAGGUGUGAGAAACCUCACAGAGGAACAACGCUACAAGUUGGACAUCUGUCUCCAGAAGGACUCAGCCGUCUACAAGUCUUUCCGCAUCAAAGGCAGCAUCGGACCAAUGAGGGUGCAGCUGGUGGCACAGGGCGCGUUUGCCGAACUUCGCAAGCGCAUGAUGGACUUCUCGAACACCUCACCCAACACCUUCAAAAUGCACCGCGUGCUGCGCAGGAAAGAAUAUGCGGACUUCCUCUUGGGGAAAACCAUUUCCUGAACCCCACGGUCGUGGAGAACGAGACUAAGUUUGUGGACUCAGCCUGUGGUGAGCACUGACCGAAUGAGAUUUUACCUUCUACUCAUGAAGGAGUUGACAAAUUGUGCCUUUGGGAACUAUUUGACACAAAAACACAACAGUAUUCAUUUGUAACAAUUAAAAAUGUUAAUUUCACUGAUUUAUUUUCUCAACCAUAUUUAUAAUUUUUAUUAAAGUGAACUGUUAAAGCUGCAGUUUUGUUAAAUGAAAUGUUUCAUCAAAUACAUCCUGUUGAUUUUUGGUGCCAAUACUGAUAUUAAGGAGUAUUCCAUGAUUCCACACAAUAAAUAUGGUGUACCAAAGUUAUGAUCGGAAAACGGCUAC